AUCGUCAACGUAGAGAGCGUAGACAUUUUUCUUCAGCAAGUGAAAAUAGUAUGCCUUCCAUCUGAACAGUAUUUCCUCCUUGGUUUUCAUUUGGUGCUUGUAUUUGGAAAGGAUUGUGGUCCAGCAGAAUACAAAACUAGUGAUGGGCAGUGCUGCCCAAUGUGUAAUAAAGGCUUGGUGGUCCGCAGAGAUUGUACAUUGGAUUCCAGCACAUCUUGCAUACCCUGUAUCAGAGGGACCUUCAUGAACGAGGCCAAUGGUCUAACCAAGUGCUUUCCCUGCAGUCCCUGUGACCCAGGACAGGGCCUGUUCACUCAGGCAGAGUGCAAACCAACAAGUAACACAGUCUGCGACAUUCUAGAUGGAUUCUACUGUAGAAGCUACUCAUCCAACUCUGAGUGUAGCUUUGCAGUAGAACAUACACACUGUUCACCGGGACAGAGUACUAAAUCAUCUGGUACAAAGACAACAGAUACCAUGUGUGAGGAGUGUCAACAUGGCUUUUACUCACAACAUGGUGUCAACUGCACUGCUUGGACUGGUUGUGCAGCAAUGGGACGCAUGAAGACUGAAGAUGGAAAUUCUAGACAAGAUGUUAUUUGUAACAAAGUGCCAUCAAGGAGUCAUACCACUCUAAUAGCUUCAAUAAUAUUGUUAUUAUUAGGCCUAGAGUAGCUGCACUGUUUUGUUUUCAUUUAAAAAAUAUAUUUUUUAAUCUAAAUCCUAAUCAUUUGAAGUUAAUAAGUCCUCAUACAACAUUGUUAUGCAAGCAAAAGUCUUUAUUGAAAAAUAAUUUCUAGUGAGUGAAAAAUUCUGUUAAUUUUAUGGCUAAAUAAUCCAAUGUUGUUCUUGUCAUUUAGUCUGUUUUAGUAGCUAUAGCAAUCCUAACUUUUGUAAUACAUCAUAGGUUCCUUUUCAAGAAACGGGACCUGUAUAAGUGACCAGUAAUUCCCCGUACGUUAUCUAUUUGGAUUCAAUAUUUCAGACUAUCAUAGUAAUAACUGAGUAAUGCAGGUUACUUUAUACUAGGGAUUAGAGGUCGACCGAUUAUGAUUUUUCAAUGCCGAUACAGAUUAUUGGAGGACCAAAAAAAGCCGAUACCGAUUAAUCGGCCGAUUUGUUUAAAACAAAUGGUAUUAUAAUUUUUGGGGGUUUUGUAUUUAUGACAAUUACAACAAUACUGAAUGAACACUUAUUUUAACUUAAUAUAAUACAUCAAUCAAAUCAACCUCAAAUAAAUAAUGAAAGAUGUUCAAUUUGGUUUAAAUAAUGCAAAAACAAAGUGUUGGAGAAGAAAGUAAAAGUGCAAUAUGUGCCAUGUAAAAAAGCUAAUGUUUAAGUUCCUUGCUCAGAACAUAUGAAAGCUGGUGGUUCCCUUUAACAUGAAUCUUCAAUAUUCCCAGGUAAGUAGUUUUAGGUUGUAGUUAUUAUAGGAAUAAUAGGACUAUUUCUCUCUAAACCAUUUGUAUUUCAUAUACCUUUGACUAUUGGAUGUUCUUAUAGGCACUAUAGUAUUGCCAGUGUAACAGUAUAGCUUCCGUCCCUCUCCUCGCCCCUACCUGGGCUCGAACCAGGAACACAUCGAAAACAGCCACCUUCGAAGCAUCGUUACCCAUCAAGGGGAACAACCACUCAAAGUCUCAAAAUGAGUGACGUUUGAAACGCUAUUAGCGCACACCCCGCUAACUAGCUAGCCAUUUCACAAAGGUUACACCAGCCUAAUCUCGGGAGUUGAUAGGCUUGAAAGUCAUAAACAGAGCUGUGCUUGAAGCAUUGUGAAGAGCUGCUGGCAAACGCACGAAAGUGCCAUUUGAAUGAAUGCUUACGAGCCUGCUGCUGCCUACCACCACUCAGUCAGACUACUCUAUCAAAUCAUAGACUUAAUUAUAACAUAACACACUAUCAUUUCGAAAACCAAACAUUUAUUAUUUCAGUGAAAUACGGAACCGUUUCGUAUUUUAUGUAACGGGUGGCAUCCAUAAGUCUAAAUAUUCCUGUUAAAUUGCACAACCUUCAAUGUUAUGUCAUAAUUACGUAAAAUUCUGGCAAAUUAGUUCGCAAUGAGCCAGGUGGCCCAAACUGCUGCAUAUCCUGACUCUGUUGCACAGAACGCAAGAGAAGUGACACAAUUUCCCUAGUUAAAAUAAAUUCAUGUUAGCAGGCAAUAUUAACUAAAUAUGCAGGCUUAAAAAUAGAUACUUAUAUUGAUUUUAAGAAAGGCGCUUUUUUUGCGAAUGCGCUUGUUAAAUCACCCAUUUGGCGAAGUAGGCUAUGAUUCAAUGAUAAAUUAACAGGCACCGCAUCGAUUAUAUGCAACGCAGGACAAGCUAGAUAAACUAGUAAUAUAAUCCAUGUGUAGUUAACUAGUGAUUAUGUUAAGAUUGAUUGUUUUUAAUAAGAUAAGUUUAAUGCUAGCUAGCACCUUACCUCCUUGCUGCACUCGCAUAACAGGUAGUCAGCCUGCCACGCAGUCUCCUCGUGGAGUGCAAUGUAAUCGGCCAUGAUCGAUGUCCAAAAAUGCCAAUCAUCGAUUGUUAUGAAAACUUGAAAUCGGCCAUUCUGAUUAAUCGGUCGACCUCUACUAGGGAUGGCACUAUAACAGUAUUGUGAUGCUCGUUAGUAUCGUGACAAGGAAACAAAACACGAAGCAGAUUUAACAUAGUUAGGAAAACAUCCCUAAUGUUGUUAACAAACAUCAUUAUGUUGUCAUGCAGUCACAUGUAUAUAUUUUCCAAGCUUUAGCAGACAAUACUUUACAUACAGAAGGUUUUUAAAAGGACCAAAGAGUUCUGCUUUGUGUUUUAAUUUUGGUCAUGGAAAGAAUAUUUAAAUACUGGUAUCGUGCCGGCCCUACUUUAUAAUAUUACUAACUAAAUGACUUGUUUGCUUCUUGUUUUCCAGAGUGGAAACAGCAGAUAAUGUUGCUGGUAAUGUUGUAACUGGUGUAAGACUAAACUAGGAUGAAAUGCAAUGAAUGCAUGCAAGAUACCCAGAUGGCUCUAAAACUGGAGCAUGCAGAUACAGUAUCUGCAGGAGAUGACAUGAAUCGAGUAGUUAUGAAGAGGACUGGCCACCCCUCAGAGCCUGGUUCAUCUAGGUUUCUUCCUAGGUCCCUGCCUUUCUAGGGAGUUAUUCCUAGCCACCGUGCUUCUACAUUUGCAUUGUUUGGUGUUUAAGGCUGGGUUUCUGUAUACCACUUUGACAUCUGCUGAUGUAAACCGGCUUUAUAAAUACAUUUGACUUAUCAGGAGUGGACAGUUGAAUACAGUGACUGAAAUUGGUCAUCCAUAGCCACCUUUUCUUAAAUCCUACCACUUCUUAUAUCUGCCAGGACAUUAACACCUUUUACUUAAACUUUUAUAUUAACAGUACCUGUGCAUUUAACUAAACUUUUCUAAAUUCACUCUUUGAAACACCCAAACUGUUUUGAUGACUGUUUGACUAACAAUUAAAUUAUUGAUUCUCAUAAAUGAAUUUACACUGUCAAUCCAUGAGAUGGCGCACAAGUGUAACAGUUACAGCAACGCUCAAGAACUUCUUUGUUCUAGUUCUCAGUCACAGAACCCUGGAGACAAAAUAGAAUGGGCUAAUCAGAACCUGAUAGCCCAGUGAUCAGAAGAGGUGCAGGUUGGUAUCGGUUUGGUUGUAACAUUCAGAUUAACGAUUACAAACACACAUCUAUUUAAAACCCCACAUUUUAUAUUAUCUUCAAAAAUAAAAGGUUAUUACAAAUGUCACAAUGGAUUAAAUUAGUUAAUUUCCUGAAUUUGUAGCAGUAAUUUCAUAAGGCCUAUCAUGGCACUUAAAAUGUAAAUGAAUGCCAUAUUUUACUUAGGUAAAUGUCCUAAAUCAACGGGCAUUGGUGUUAAGUACUUAAGUAAAAAUACUAUCUUACAGAGUAGCUAUAACUAACUAGCCAGCUGGCUUUGUAGCCAUGGAUUGUGCACCUUCCAUUGUUUAGCCAAGCAGCUAUCUGGUUGAUAUUUUCCUUGUUAACAGAGCAGAUGAAAGCAACAUUAACCUCCACAAAUGCUGUUUAAAUCGAUAUCCAUACUGAAUGAAGCAGCUAAGGGACCUUAUGAGCAUCCUUAACUUUUUCACUUAAUUUAAAAUAUUUUGUGCAACUGACUUAAAGUUAAGGAAACUUUAAGGCAAAAAGGGGGAAAUUAACUUAAGGUGUUUUAUGCAACUGGGCCAUGUACUUUAUUUAUAUUUCUGCCAAAUUUUACUUCACUACAUUCCUAAAGAAAAUAAUGUACUUUUUACUUUUACUUGAGUCAUUUUCUAUGAAGGUAAUGUUACUUUUACCCAACACCGUCAACAGCCCCCUAAAGUCGGUAACAAUAGCAAUCAAUCCCAAACGUGCCAUGGAAAUGUGUAUCUUCAAGUGAGGCGUGUUGAUACAGGUUUGUUUAGUUGUCUGGUAGUUCCCAUCCUGGAUUACAAUGCCUUCUAGAUACGGAUCCCUGGUGGACCUGGGCUCGGAGUACGUGACAAUUAAAGCGCACUACAGCGAGUAGUAUUUAACAAAUCAGUUAUGUCCUUGAGGCGUCACUCAAGGGUUACUUUGUAUCAGUUUUUAAACCGGAUUGCAUUUGCAACAUAAUGCUCAUAACAAAUAUGCAGGUUGGCUUUCUUCUAGAUGAAAAAGUAUGAGAAUCUGCGUAUUGUGUUGAUGUAUCGACGACUGUAACCCACCUGUGGAAUGGUUAGAGUUCAAAUUCAUUUACAUUUAAGUCAUUUAGCAGACGCUCUUAUCCAGAGCGACUUACAAGUACAUACAUUCAUACUUUUUUGUACUGGCCCCCCGUGGGAAUCGAACCCACAACCCUGGCGUUGCAAGCGCCAUGCUCUACCAACUGAGCUACACGGGACAAUUCCCCAUUGACAACCGUUUAAGUACUACAGUAUGGCCAGCAGAACACUCUCUAGUUUAGCCUAUACUCGUUUCAAAACCUUUUACAGUGACAUAAGUGUCACUGUCAAAGACGGAAAAACAUUGUGAAUUAAAUAAAUCCAAGGUGCGAAAUAGUCAUAGCCUAGGAAAUUAGGUAGUUCAGAGGCAAGGUGAGGAUGGGCAAAAUUAUAACUAACUACAAUUUAUAAAGGCUGAAGCAAAGGUAGCCAGCAGAUCUGACCCUCUUGUUUACAGCUACAUUAAGUUAGUGCCAUCAUUCCUGUGUUGAUUAAGACACCAUGGAACCAGUAAGAGAUAUGGCUCGGAAAACCUACCUCAAUCCACGGAUGGGAAAUUAGUUGUACUCGGAAUUGUAUCAUUACCCCAACUGAUACACCGAGAAGAUUGAACGACUACAGUAUAAUUGUCCUAUUAGAGUGAUCCUUGCUAUAUGAGCAACAUUACAAUUCGCACCAAAUGGCUUAAACCUAUUGGCGCGAUGCGUAGAGUGUUUGCCUUUAACGCCAGCGACCUGGGUUCGGAACGUGUGCGAGGAUUGAGUAGUCAAACCACCGGGACGUGCAGGCCCGGCAGCAGGAUUAACUCGGCAAGGGAGCAUCAGAAAUGACUAUGGGGGCACAACUAUUUUCGCUUGCUAAUAACAGGAUGGAUAAUAAUCGAUAGUACACAAUGUAUUUGCACCCAGGCAGGCCGUCUUGUCGCAAGAAUACAGGCUACUGCACCGCUUUACAAACGUGGACAUUUCAUAACCGUCUGAAAAAGUGCAAAUUAUGACAACGCUACACAGCUACAUGCACAAUACCCAUCAAUGCAAUGCAAGACAGUUGUUAUUACCGUAAUAACACUUCCCAUGCCAACACAAUGCAUUUCCAAUCGCAGAAAGCAAACGAUAAUGUACAAUGCACUCACUACCACGAGUUCUGUAAAACGCAGCUUGGACACAGCUACCAAGCUGGCUUCUGUCGUGGAAAUAUUUGGACAAUCAUAUAUCACAAAUACCGGAGCAUGCGAGUUCAAAUAUACUUUUUAUUACUUCAUAAUAAUAGCCGAGCUGGAAUCAUGAAAACUUCUUUCCAGCCUUGGGGCACAUGUUUUAUACAUGUGUCCUCCUUACGUCACUCAUAGUAACUCCUUAAAAUGGCUCAUCACCUCUGGCAUUAAGCCACCAUUAUCAUAUUGCCUUCAUAUUAGGACAUUUGACCUGUAGAGUCACAGAAAUAGUUUACUGUAUGUGGACCAUAGCAACAGACCUUGGCGCCCUACAGGAUUAACCAAUACAUGACAUCCUGCUGACUCCACUGAAAGGGGAACCAACCCCUCCCUGUUCUGAACCCCCCCCAAAAGGUGUAACCGUAGUUGGCCAUAACAGUUACAAGAAUAACCACGUGCAUGUCUAAUGGUGUCCAAUGACCUAGAGCAGAGUGUACUAGUUUUGCUGGCUCCUUCUGAAGUAAUUAAUUGCCACAUAUGUACUGAAAAAUUCACAAGAGUGCCGUACUAUGCUGCGCACGAUAGAUACAUUAGUAUUACAUAGCAACGAGUUGUUUAUGUCAACCCUAUAGUUACAUCGUUACUCAACCAUUGGUCAAGGUCUGCCCACCCUCAAUGUAAUGCAAACAUUUCCAAUCCAAAAUCACAUCACAGAAAUCAAGCAGUAAAUUUGGCAGCAACGCCAAUAAAGAAAAUCACGUCUACGUCUAUUUCUGACAUUUGCCACUGUAAGAAAUUGUAUUAGAUAUUGGUAACUUGUUUUAACAACUUCUCAACAUUACCUAUAAGUUGACACAACAUACACACCCCCUCUUUCUCUUGGACAUAUGCUGGACACAUAGGACAUAUACACGGCACCCACAAUUCCCCUCCCCCAUGACAAUCACACAGACACACCCAACCCAUGGUUGGACCUCAGGACAAAGAACUCUCAGGAACCAAUGGAACGUGGACACCAGGCCUGAUCAGGACUACCCAAGACCCAGAUCGACCAAUCGGAAGGCCGGACUCGCAGAUCUACCUACUUUGCUUGUUGUCUAUAUAGUACUGAACAAUUCUGGAAACUCCCUCUUUCCCGGACGAUUCACUAGGAGUCAGACUGAAAGAGCCUUGCUGCAAGAUUUUACUAAGAUAUCUUUACAUGUAAUUAAAACUGCCUUAUUAUAAAAUAUCCACCUCGUCCUAUUGUCUCCUCUUGUUCUCCUGUCAACAGUAAACGUUUUACUAACAAACUUGGUAGCAGAGGAUGGUUAAAACAUAUUUGUAUACGGCCCAAUAGAAAAUCCAUCGGACAGGAGACGAGAGGGAGAAAUUUAUCCAGAGGAGAGGUGACCUUUUCGAGGGAGAAUCGCGAUUCAACACACACAGGAAACUGAUCAAAGAGCUCGAAACUAAAGAGGUGAGCAGAUGCCCGUUUGACCAAAAUCUGUAUAUUGUAUUAUAGCCAAUAUCUAAAUUCAAUGAUCAGGAGUACUGUGGUGAGUGAAUUGUUGCUAAAUUUAUGUGGAAUUGUUUAGAAUUUAAGGCAUUGUGUACAGAUAUCUAAGUAUUAAUAGGUCAAAGACUUAUUCACAUAGUCUGGCACUACGCGGUAUGCUGAUCGAGUAGGUGUACAGUGAAGAAUAAGCUUUAUAACGAUUCACAUAGUCGGGCCAUAUUUGACAGUCGAUCAGGUAGGGGUUACCGUGAAGAAUCCAUAAUUAAAAGAUGGGAUCCAAAUAGCCGGGCAGUAGUUAGAUUUGGCAAAUCAGCUAGGUGUUACCGUGAAGACCCAUAAAAAAAAAAAAUUAAAAAAAAAAUAUAUAUAUAUAACGAUUCACACAGUCGGGCCAUAUUUGACAGUCGAUCAGAUAGGGGUACCGUGAAGAAUCCAUACGUUUUCAAAUAGUCGUGCAGUAGCUAUACUUAGCUAGGUGUUACGUGAGAAAUCUAAUGUGAAUUCAAAUAGUCGUGCAGUAGCUAUACUUAGCUAGGUGUUACGUGAGAAUUCUAAUGUAAUAUUGCAUGUGUAAGUUGUGUUGUAAUUAUAUGUGUAAGUUGUGUUGUCGCAAUGUGGGGGAUUGAACGUUCCACGAGACCAAUUGCUACUAACUAGCCAUAUGCUAGUUGAGGCUGUGAUAAAGUGACCGCCGUGUCGAUGUGUAUAUAUUGCUGUGAAGCAACUAUUUUCUGCUGAUGAGUUGACCGGAUUUUUCCCUCUCCUGCUGUUGAUAAAUCCCUAAGGGUGAGAAUCAAUUUGAAAAUUAUUAUAGAAGCGCGUGAAUUACUAGUAUACUGUCCCCAAAGGAAAUUUCUGAAAUGUUUUGGCAAAGUAUUUAAUUAAUCGGAAAAAGUUCAAAUUAAAUCGGAAAAGUUAAUAGAAAUAAUAUCUUUCGAAUUAUAUAUCAUAUAAUUGCCAUUCCAAUUAUAUCAGGAGCGCCUGAAUUACUAGUAUAUUGUCCCCAAAGGAAACUUCUGAAAUAUUUUGCCAAAGUAUUUAAUUAAUUAAAUUAGCGAAAAGCAAUAAUGUUUUUUAUUAAAAGUACCUAAAACUGUCAUUCCAAUUAUAACAGGAGCGCGUGAAUAUAUUCGUAUAUUGUUUCAAAGAGAUAUAGCUGAUAUAUUGUUGGAAAACGAAAAUAAUUCAUCGAAUACACGCCAAUAAAAUCCUUUGUCCACGCGAGUCGGACACGGGACUGGGGGAAGAGAGGGGAAGAAAAAUACAUCGCUGGUUUCGAUCAGUAACGGGCUAAAGUAUACAAAGACAAUAAUAGACCCAGACAUAGCUUAACGACAAAAUGACCACGACUAUCGUCCCCAAACACAAAUUCAACGAAUAUUUAGAUCAGAGAAUGAAAGACAGAGCAGGCGGGAAAUUACACUACAAACCCGUUAAAAAGAUUUGGGAGGAAGUGAGGCUGAAAUGGACUCAAACAGGUUUUCUUAGUGGAGUCGCCCCAUCAAAAGGGCAACUCCUCAUUAUGGAGAAAGAAUUGGAGGAAGCAGUGAAGCAAGGGAUAGAAUGUGAAGUUGAUAAGAAUAAGAGUCACUUAUUUAAAAAAAGAAGGGACAAAGCAAAGGGAAAAGGCACAGGCUGAGAUGAGAAUAGGUUUAUGGGCAAUUGAGGAAAUUAGGAAAGCUCUCCCUUACCGGAAACCUGAUACGAUGGGAGUGGUCACUGGAGCACCAACUGACACCAAAGAGGGCAGGCCCAAUAAUAAUGAUGGCCCACCUACCACCACAGCAACCCCAUCGGCCCCCACCCAUCUAUACCCAGAACUGCCACAGGGAGAGAAAAAAGCACCACCUCCCUAUUUUCAAAAUCCAUUCACUCAGCAAUCACCUCCCCCCUUCCAGGGCAUGUCUGACGAAUAUGCUCCAUGGCCCUGAAGCUGCUCACCACUAACCUACACUCAUCAUUGACCUGGACUACUGAAGCAUCAAAGGCUUUUGCACUCUUGAAAACAGAUCUCUAAGUGGCAGUAGCCUUAACAGCACCUGACUAAAAAAAAAACAAGUUCCAUCUGGAUGUUUCUGAAAAGGAGGGAUUUACAUCAUCCAUCCUUUUCCAGAACCUAGAGGGGGAGAGAAGAGUGUUGAGGUAUCACUCCUCCAAACUGGACUACAUUGAAGAAGGACAAACCACAUGUUCCAGGUAUGUGGCUGCAGUGGCAAAAGCUAUUGGAAAAACAGCCCACAUGAUAAUGUGCCAUCCAUUGGAAAUCCACACCCACCAUGGGGUUGCAGCAUAUCUGAUGAGCAAAGAAUUCACGUUCAGCGCUGAAAGGAAAACGAAAAUCCAGAAUAAAUGCACACAAUCACACAUCACAUUUGUCAACACUGACAAAAACAUGGCAGACGCACUCAAUGCUGAAGGUCUACCCCACUCCUGUGCAGAAAGAGCUGCACAGGAACUGAAACGGAGACCUGACCUGGGGAAUGAACCACUCACCAACACACACAGAUAUGGGGAAAGACAAUGUGACUAAUGGAAAAAGGUACCUGUUAGUUAUGGUAGACAGGUUCUCUAAAUGGGUUGAGGCAAUACCAACAGCAGGGGAGGAUGCAAAAUAGGUCAUUAAGUGGCUGCAAACCAAACUCAUGUGUGUUGUUUAAUGACAAACGCUCCAUGUACCAAUAGGGUCGGAUGUGUAAAUGUCAACUGAUUAAUGGAUGUUGUUUAAUGAUGGGGUUAGUGUACAGGCCACAAUCUCAUAAGUCUCGUGGAACGUGCCAAUCAAAUGUAUGUGCAGGUUUGAAGUUGAUUUGGGUUGAAGUCCUGCCCCUGGCGUUGCUGGCCAUGAUAGCCUCUCCAGGUGCAGGCACCCAUCUCUCUCCUCAUGAGACAAUGGCUGGAGGAGUCAUGCUUGGUCCACCAAGGAAGGGAGGUCAUAUGCCCGCCCUUGAUGUACAACAAAUUGUAAUGUUUGAUAAUUGACGGAACAUUCUGCAGCUCUCUCCACACAGAUUCAUAAGGUCCAACGGGGAAGCAGAAGGGAGAUCUGGCACACGGAAGUUAAAAUUGGUGACUGGGUGGGGUUAAUGUCCACAAGAGAAAGUGGCUAGAACCCAGGUGGAAUGGACAGUACGAAGUGAGGGAGGUUACUUCACACUCAGUCCAGGUCAAAGGUAAAUCAGGCGCACCUUGGCACCACCUCACACAUUGCACUCCAGCCCCAAUCCCUUCUAGAACACUGACAGAAGUCAGAGCUGAUUUAAACAGCUUAAAUUCGAUUCCAAAUGAAGACAUUUCUGAUUCAGGUGAUGCGGAAUCAAACUCCGCCUCCCCUGAUAAAGGAACCUCGCCCAGUUAGAGGGAUAUUUCUCCCUCCCUGGGCAAGGCUAGGGAUAUCUGGCCCCUUAUUUGUGAUAUUCCUACUGACAUUUGGGGUGUCCCUGGGCACUUUCACAUGGUUAUUAGAAUAACUAUAACCGGAUCCCCAUGGAUGUAUGUCACGGACACUCUAGUCUAACUAGGUAAUAAUAGAUUAAAAAAUUAAAAAAAUUAAAAAUUUAGAAAACAAUAGUUAAAAUAAGAAACUAAUAUGGCUCAAAUUGAGAAGGUUGAAUAAGAGUGGGUGGAGAGCUAUGCAGAGAAUGGACAGAAGAUGGCAGUAUUGCAGCACCCAAUGGUCUCCCAGCCGACUGGUUGAAUGCUGGUGACAUAAUUUUGUUUUUUGGAGUAAACAUUAAGGUUAAGGGUUUCCGUGUACCCAGAGAUAAGAUAUCUUAAAAGAAUACACUCAUAUGGGAAUAGGAGUUUUACUUUCUGAGUUUUAUUUAGGCAAGGGACUUUGAGAAGAUAAAGGGUUCUUUUGGUAUGUUUAGAUAUGGAACACGAAUGUAGGUGUAACAUUUUGACCUGUUUUCUGUUUCCAUUGCAUUUUCCGGCGACUUGAUCACUCGCGGGGAAAUGUGGUGAGAAUAAUGAGAUUGUGUCAUUUGGGAUACUAGUUUUGAGGUAAAUUGAUUAUAAUAGAGUUUAUAACUCUUGACCAUAAGGUAAGCAUUUGUAUUGGCCAUAAGAAGAUAGAGAUAGGUUAAUUAAGGUUAUGUUAGGACUUUAAAGGUUGACACUAUAAGACCUGUGGUUAUUUUUAAAUCCAUGCAGAUAAAGUCAAAACAGUGAGACACUUAGUUAAUAUUGUGAAGGAGCACACAGUUGUUAUUGACUAUUAUUACAAAAAGGCAGACAGAUGGGUCUACCCCGCACUGUUCAGACCUUGAAGGUUUGAGAGCAGAGUGGGGAGGGUGGACCAGGAAAUGAGCAAGGUAGGCUGUGAAAUAAGAUAGGAGAAAGGGGUUAACAUAUAUAAGCAGCACAGAUACAUUUCAAAGUAGAUAAGCCACUUGACAGAGAAUUGGAAAAGAAUAGAUAUGAAUGUACGCCCAAGGGAGAAUUGGAUAUGCGGGGAAUAAAAGGGACGUUCCUAGAAUAUGAUGUACUAAGUUAUUAUUUAGAGUAGGUAAGGUUGAUACCUGGCCAGAGCCAGGUAUCAAACGAAGGAGGGUACAUUGUGGACUAGGAAAGGAUGGGGCCUAUUGGAUAAUAAACUUAUUUAAAAUUAAACAUUUAUAGCUAAAAAAUUAGGCAUAGAAGUUAAAUAUAUAAUCAGAAAGAACAAAUGAGGAACUGUUUGCUAACCAGACCUGUAUGUCCAAGAGUUUAUACAUUGCAGGUGAAUUAAGGGAGAAGGUGAAUCACUCGACCUGGGGGCAUAUCGCACUUGGAGGGUGAGACACACUGACACUGCCGAAUGAUCACAGAGUUAAGGAGAAGAACUGUUGCUAAUAAAGCUCAGGGGUCAACUCCUUAAUGAAGAAUUCCCUGACCCCGACCUUUCCUCACUGUGUUCGUUCAUAGAAGUGAAAGUGUUGCUUGAUCUCUGGCUGAUGAUGUGUUCUCUGGGAGAGGGUGGGGUUUUACAGGACUGCUUGUAGUCCUGAGCUGUCUGAUCAGGAUACGAUGGGGAUGAUACCAUCGCAGUGCUGCCGGAACCACCACCAGUUCCAACGGACCAGGGUUCAGCCGGCCUCCUCCACCACUUCAAGACCAAGUCCCACGCCAUCACCUAAGCUCUCCAAUCUGGUACAGAUAAUAAAUAUAAAAGACAUCUCAGAUAGUGAACAUUUGGGGACUGAAACUGAGUAUGAGGAAAGGGAGAAUAUGUGGUUGACCUACAAAACACUUAAUAGAAAGGACUGUGUCGUAUGUGGACAUGCCAGACCUAUUCUGGCUGCUCACCCAUUUGUCCUAAGUAAUGGGGAAGGUUGGAUGUGCAUAUUGGAAAAGUUCGAGCCAAAUUCAACCCUGUGUAAAACUCUGAGUCUUGUGUUCCCAGUGGUCCCUCCCCAGAAGGUACCGUGGGGAGUUAAGGCAUAUGGGGGAUAUAACAGCUGUAUCCCUGGCACAGGUAGCGGUAUGGACUAUGGAGGGCUCCCUGCUACUACCUGCAUCACUAAUACCACUAGGAACUGGAGGUGUUGCUGAUGUAUGGUGGAUGUGUGGACCUGCCAGGCGGUUAACCCCAUUUUUGAAAGGAAAUUGUCGUUGCUCAUGUGUUUUGGCCAGUCUGAUACCACCGUUGCCUAUUAUUAUAGCUAAUCAACUUCUGGGAGCUACACAGGACACAGAGGCUUGGGACCAACCCAGGAGACGGCAGAAACGUGACGCUCCUUGGUCCGAGGGUACAGAUAACAUGCACACCAACCUGUUGGGGGUCCCAAUAGGGGUCCCCCACGAAUUCCAGACAUUAACCAGGAAUGAUGGCCUGUGGCAUCUGAUGCCCAUCAUUGGCCCAGCUAUUGUUGAUGUUAAAACAAAAGGUCUGGAUCAAUUAUAAACACACCCACACAGGACUUACAGGGAUGGCUGAACAAUUGGAUGCUGCCUCACAAACCAGUAGACACAAUAGACUAACACUGGACAUAAGUCUGGCCAACAAGGGAGGUGUAACAGUGUUGCACGUUUGUUCCUAACAAUACUAGUCCGGAUGGGAGCAUUUCAAAAGCUCUGAGUGGGUUGGCAAGGUUAACAGUGGAGAUGAAGGGUCUUGCAGGUGUGGAGGAGAGUGGACUGUUCCCCUGGCUGGGUGGUUGUUUUGGUAAGUACACUGCAAUGAUGAUUACUGGAUUUCUGACACUAGUUGUGGUUUUUCAUUUCUGUGUUGCCUGUAUCAUACCUUGUUUGAAGAAGUUUGUUACAGAUGUGUAAGGAGCCUCUAGUAUGAUGCCGUUGCUUGAUGCUCCAGUUGGAGAGGCUGAUACGAAAACGAGCUUCCGCAGGAGAGUGGGCUGACAGAGGAGGACCCUUGGUUUGCUGUAGUUGAUGUUGAAUGAAUAAAAAGUGAUGUUUGUCCUC